CCGCUCCGGCCCCCUUUUUUAUAUUGCAUCUCGGAAUUCUUUGGGUCCUCGGGCUCGCCGCGAUCCCGUUCUCGCCGGCCCCCGCUGCCCCCGCCGAUUCUCCCGGGUUUUCUGGUCCAGCCGGGCACGCAGGCAGGGAGGACUCGCCAAGAGAAUUGCGGUGCUUCGGCCAGCAACACACGGGAGGAGGAAAAGUGCUCUGCUCCGUCGUCCAUGGCCGGUUCUGCAUGAGGGAUACAACAUAGUGCCGCCAUCGGGAGUAGGCCGACAGAGCCGCCGGCCGGCGUAUCAUCCGAGAGAAAGGGGGCCAAGGAAGUAAUCAGCUCUGUUCCCCAAGGCAUCUCCUCACGCAUGGCUAGGCCGUAACGAGAUACACCGUGCAGAUCAUGAAGAUAGAUAAUGAAAGGCCUUACCAUACCAAUGCUUUUCAUGAGCUUUUAGGCAGUGGUGGCCCUAAAGUAGACGGUGAAUCUGAAAGGGAAACUAAGGACAAUCUUUUGGAAGAUAAAAUGGUUGAACAGACCAAUCCAUCAGAACAUGGUUUUGUGAAAGCUGAGCAUGAGAAGGGAGGUAAAACCAGAAAAAUACGGAUCGAGGAUGUUUCUUAUGACAAGGAUGUUGUUGAGAUCAGCCUGCCAAGUUCUGUGGUUUCUUCGGAUUAUGGUGGGCAUUUUGUCAAGGAUGUCUGCAUUGAUGAGGGAGUGCUUGCUGAUCAAAAGGGUUCUGGAGAGAAGGUAGUAAGUGAAAAGGUGUGCCCAAUCUUUGAUUCUUCAAUGGCCGAUGCAAAUGGUGAUCUGAAGGAAGACAUAAGAGUUGAUCCUGUGAAAACUGCACAUAAGUCACAGAUAGUUCCCCUUCAUGUCGUGCAUGCUACUGAUGGUAAUACUAUGGAAGAAAUAAGAGCUGAUCCUUUGAAAACUGAACAUGAAUCAGAGUCACAAAUUGUUACCCUACAUGUUCCAUGUGCUACUGAUGGUAAUAAGAUGGAACAAUAUUCUUCUGGCGAAGCACAUGAUCUUGAAGGCAACAAGACUACAGAUGAAUUUACCAAUGUAAACGAUGAGAAAUCAAGUCCUAGACAGUUACCAAGUCAUGAAGCUGCAAAACAGUGCCAGCAGGUGGGCACAGUAAUUUCUGAGACCUGUGAAACUCACAAGCCAUUUUGCGAUGGAGAAGCAAUUGAUGAGGUAGCAUCAAAUGAUUGUCAUGAAACUGGAUCCAGUACUGCACCAGAGUCCAGUUCCCUCGGUGGUUUACCAGUUGAAUCAACUUCUGAUGGGCUAUCAGCUGCAAUUCCUGAAGAAGAUGGUGCAGAAUUAGAUAACAGAGGAUUGAAUCCAGCUAAUCACUACAACCCUUUUAUCGCCUACGGAUCUUUAGAGGACACAUGGGAAUCCAAGUACGCUCUACCUACCAUUGUCGACGAUGUUUCUGUUGUACCCAUGUGUCCUGUUGGAAAGACAGAUAGUUUCAGUGAUAUUGUCAACGGUGGCGCACUGGGAGGUUUUGAUUAUGUUGAGACAGCUGAAUCCAGAAUUGGAGACAGUAGUAGGUUAGAUUCUGUUGGAGCACGUUCAAGCAGGCUGGGAGUCCAAGCAUCUGAAGAGAGCCAUGAUCAAGGAGGUCUUGUCGAAAGAACAGAUAGUUUUAGUGACAUCAUCAAGGGUGCACCAGGUAGAUUUGAUUCUGUUGCAGCAGAUGAAACCAGAAUCAAACACAAUAGACUAGAUUCUAUAGAAGAAAGUUCAGGCAGGUUGGAUGUCCAAGCAUCUGAAGAGAGCAGUGAUCAGAGAGAUGUCGGUAACAAGAUGAGAAUUGAUGGAGCACAUGGUGCAGAGCCUAGUGAUGUCAAGAGUGAGAACCAUCCGAAGUGCGAGACCGGUGCUGUCGAAGAUGAACAUGACUUCAACCCAAGAGACAUGGGGGAUGGCACAAAGACAAGGGAGGAAAGCAACGGCGGCGAAGAGAGCUCUACGGUUUCGCAAACGGAGUCGGCGGUACAGCAGAAUGGACCUGAUGGCGCAAAGUUGACGACUCGGGGCGGCAUUCGCAACCCCUUUGAGUCGAGCUUCUCUGGAGCAAACAUCACGCUGGACGCGGUAGCGCCCUCUGCUCACAUUGGCAACACUUCUCUUCGUUCGGAUAGCAGCACGACGAGUACUCGGUCCUUCGCAUUCCCAGUGCUACAGACAGAGUGGAACAGCAGCCCGGUGAGGAUGGCAAAGGCGGACCGCAGGCGUUUCAGGCGAGACCGGGGCUGGGGUUACAGGGUCCUCUGCUGUAAAUUCUGAGAGCAUUUUUUUUAACUGUCUGAUGAGUCUAGCUCAUGGCCGGCGGCCUCGCGCCUGAGCUAGUGUUAGCCAGCCCAUGUUAAAUUCAUUCAAAUGUUGAUCGUUUCUCCCCUUCCUUGCUCUUCUCCCCCCACAUGCCCUGCUCUUUUAUUUUUAUUUACAAAUAGCAGGAGGUUGAUGGCUUGUCGGAUUCGCCAGUGGCUUGUAAUUUGCAGAGAUUGUGAGUGAGAAAUGAAGAGGUAUAGCUUUCUUUCAUGUA